AUGGACUACGCCAACGAGACGAACUUCGCGAACAUCAAGGCCUGGGUGAACCGCGAGGCCACCAAGCUCAUCGAGGAGGAGGUGGCCUCCAAGACCUACUCCGUCACCGAGGGGCAGAUCUGGGCCACCACCAUCUGCGAAAAGAUACUCAAGUUCCUGGCCGCCCACAACAAAAACUUCAAGUUCAUCGUCAACUCGCUGGUCAUGCAGAAGGCGGACUGCGGGCUCAACAUCUCGGGGUCCUGCUACUGGGACAACGAGGUCGACGGCAGCGUCACCAUCCGCCUCGACUACGCCUCCUUCGUCAGCAUCACCAACAUCUUUGCCUGUGCCAUCUGA